AUGUUCGGUCAGCGGUUCGACUUGGUGAGGCCAGGCACGUCCGUCUUGGUCAGCUUUCCGCGCGGAACGCCCGUCGAGGAUGCGCUGCUUGUUGUAAAGGCCGACGCGCGUCGAUUGGGGGCACAUUGCUCGGACAUGUACUUCCGGGAGGUCAACGCCACAGGGACGUGGGCGAACAAGGUGCGGCCGGGAGGCUUUCACUUCGACGCUCGCGACGCGCGUGACGAGACGCCGAAGUGGCUGAAACUCAGGCUUCUGGAGCUCAAAGUCGGCAGCGGUCACACCGACAAGGGGCAGCCUUAUCUGAACGUCUACGUCAAGAACCUUCAGCGCACUGGGUAUCGUGUCGCAGGGCUGCUGGGAGAGGAUGACCACACGGAGGCGGCAGCGCCCGAGGAAGGGUGCCAGAAGAUGAUGUCCCUCGAGGCCCGCGUGCAUGGUCAAGCUUCGGAUCUACAGGGCUCCGUCGCAAUCGGCUACUGA